AUGUGCAUUGAUAGUAGUUGUUCGGGUAGGAGAACGUACGGCCCGCCAUAUGGCCCACUACCACAGCUGCCCAUCGAGGUCUGGGAAAACGUCAUCGACGAGUUCUAUGAAGACGAGGAGGAGCUCAAGAAGUUUACUCUGAUAUGCAGAGCCUGGUCUUUCAGGAGUAGAUACCACCUUCUGGUGGAGUCAAAGUUGCGCUCCAGAGAUCAGGUCGUCCAUUUCGCAAGAGUUGUGCGCUCUAGCACAUCCCAUGCGAAGGCAGUGAGGGUGCUAUGCCUCUACGGUUCAGACUCUGGUCUCGUACGAUUCGUCGGGGUGGCUGCAGCGAUGCUCGCAGGCAAGCUACCCAAUGUGGAAGAACUGGCAUUGGAUAAGCUCACAUGGGAUCCGAGAUUUCUACACCCGCAGGUGUUCCUCCACUUCUCCACUGCCUUUGCCUCGGUCAGGGAGCUCGGCUUGACCAUUGUCACCUUUCCCUCAGUACAAUCAUUCGGACGGCUCAUAUGCUCCCUGCCAAGCCUCAAAGUCCUGUUGUGCAUGAACAUAAAGUUCUCUGCUCGUGGAUUUAAUGCAGACGCAUUCUGCAUUCCGAAGAUUCUGCUUACACACCUACGUCUAUAUGAGCAGGGAAUAGGAGAAAUCAUUGAUUUCAUUCUCGCGACUGGCCUCGCUGCUCGGCUUGAAGACAUCGUGCUAGAUGAGCCAUCGUGGGCUUCAGCACUGCGUAUCUGUGCACCCGUCCCGUGCCAGAAACUGUUCGAGAUCUCGAUAAAGAUACUCGCUUCCGGAAGCAUGGACAUCGUGGAGCGCUUGCAGACCUUACUUGAACCGCAUGUAUGCGCGGAGGUCGACGAGAGUCUGUCUAGCAAGAAGAAGUACCCAAUAUUUAGUGCAAUCGUAUUCAACUUGGGAGUACACGAUAACGACACAGAACCACUCCUGGCCGAGCUCGGGGACAUGAUUGUAUCACGGUUCCCCAAAUUGCAUCGACGCGGAGUUCUCACCGUCGAAGCGCAUCGAUGGAUCGACUCGCCGUAUGGUCGGCGCGUGUGUGCACCUGAGAUCGUGAGGAAUUGA